GCGAACCUGACUUUAUAUUUGAUCCAUGUUUUGAGUCCACGUAUGUGUGUCUGCGUAUGUAGCGUUCUUUCCUACACUAGUUUACUAAAAUUAAGAUUUCUUUCGUCCUUCGAAAGAAUGGCAGCUGCAGCUCCCAGCCCGGAUGAUUCUGUCCGGAAUGGUAGCAGCACCAGUACACCCAGCGCCAUUGCUGGAGACGGGGAAACGGAAGAGGCCGAGGAUUUCACCUCCGCCUCCCACUGCUCAGAGCUGUCUCGCCGGCAGAACGAGCAGAGAAAGCAGGGGCUUUUCUGCGACGUGACGCUGGCCUUCAGCAGUGGGGCGGCCACCGGGAAUGUCCAGAGCUGCGAGUAUUCAGCCCACCGCUCCGUAUUGGCUGCUGCAACGGACUAUUUCACCCCCUUGUUGGGGGGACAAUUCUCCGAAUCCGUGUCUGGACGAGUUGAGAUGAAAGAAUGGAGCUCUGAACUUGGGCCAGAUCCAGAGACGGUGGAGAGUGUCAUUCAGUAUAUGUACACUGGUGAAAUACGCGUUAGCACCUGCAAUGUACAUGAAGUGUUGGAGCAAGCUGACAGGUUCCUUCUAGUGCAGUUGAAGGACUUUUGUGGAGAGUUUCUGAAGAAGAAGCUGAGCCUGACCAAUUGUGUGGCGGUCCACAGUCUAGCCCACAUGUACACUCUUGACCAGUUAGCUUUGAGGGCCGCUGACAUGAUUCGCCGCAACUUCCACAAGGUCAUCCAGGAUGAUGAGUUCUACACACUGCCCUUCCACCUGGUCCGGGACUGGCUGUCUGACGCAGAGAUCACGGUGGACUCUGAGGAGGUGCUCUUCGAGGCGGUGGUCAAGUGGGUGGAGAAGAACUCUGAGGAUCGGGGCCGCUACUUUGAGGAGCUGUUCCGUCUGCUGCGCCUGCCCCAGAUCAAGCCCACCUACCUGACUCGGGUGGUGAAGUCGGAGCGCCUGGUGGCCGCCAACGAGGCCUGUCUCCGGCUGGUGUCGGAGGCCGUGGAGGGCCACGCCAUCCACUUUGAGAACCUAAAGUCGGCCGACAUGGAGCUGUGGUCCUCGCACAUAGUCGCUUUCCAGCCGCGCUUCGGCCAGAACAUGGACGUGAUCAUGGUGGUGGGCGGGGUGUCCGAGGGAGGGGACUACCUCAGUGAGUGUGUGGGCUACUUUAUCUACGAGGACCGCUGGGUGAACCUGCCGCACAUCCACAACCAUUUGGACGGCCACGCCAUCGCCGCCACCGAGUCCCAUGUGUACGUGGCCGGCUCCAUGGAGCCGGGCUUCGCCAAGACGGUGGAGCGCUACAACCCCAACCGUAACACCUGGGAACAGGUGAGCAACCUGACCACGCGCAAGCACUCGUUCGGCCUCACCUGCAUCAAAGACAUCCUCUACAGCAUCGGCGGCCACGGCAACUUCAGCCCAGGCUUCAAGGACGUGAGUGUGUACGAGCCCGAGCCGGACAAGUGGCACAACCUGGAGUCCGCGCCCAAGAUCCUGCGGGACGUGAAGGCGGUGAGCGUGGAGGACCGCUACGUGUACGUGACGGCGCGCACGCCCGUCGACACGGACAACGACGACGGCCUGAAGACGGUGACCACGCGCUACGACACGGAGAGCCGCCAGUGGCAGGACGUGGACUCGCUGCCGCUCAUCGACAACUACUGCGUCUUCCAGAUGGCUGUGGCCUCCACCAACUUCUACCACACGGCCUCCUGCUGCCCCAAGAGCUACCCGGUGCGGGACGAGGUGGCGCGGCAGAAGAUCAGCGCUCGCAUCUCCGACGACAUCCUGGAGAGCCUUCCGCCGGAGGUCACCAGCAUCGAGGGCGCCGCCAUCUGCCACUUUGACGAGGACGUGUUCAUCAUCGGCGGCUGGAAGAACAGCGACGACGUGGACAAGCAGUACCGCAAGGAGGCCUACCGCUACUGUGCCGAGCGCAAGCGCUGGAUGCUGCUGCCGCCCAUGCCCCAGCCGCGCUGCCGCGCCACGGCGUGCCACGUGCGCAUCCCUUACCGCUUCCUGUACGGCUGCCAGCGCUACCCCAUGCCCCAGAACCUGGCGCGCCAGCGGGAUCGCAUGCAGCAGAUGCAGCAGCUCCACCGACGCACGCUCACCCUUCGCAGGCAGCUACAGUCCCAGAUUGAGUGCUGAGGGGCUUCCUUUUCCUCCCUCACCCAUUCCAUCCACCCCCCGGGGCAGAACCGAAACAAACCCUCCGCGGCCGGCCAUAUCAAGACCCAUUCUACGGCCAACAUCCCCACCGUCUCCCCCUCAUAACAUGUUGCAGUGCGGUACCAGUGUUGCUCCUCCAUUGGAUGUGAUCCCAUUAAACUCCCAUCAUUCCAUCGGCUCUCAAGCUGUGUGGUGUGUUAAAGACCCUGUUUGUCUGCAGGAGGACGCGCUGAUUGUUUAUACAUGUGAAUAAGAGA